AAAAAGAUUGUUCGAUUGUCAUGUUGCUGGACAGAAUAGCUCAUACUAAAAGGGAUAUUCCACUGCCCCAUGUAGGAUCCCAUUCCCAACAGACCCUUUUCAUAUGACAUAUUUUGCUUAAGAGGGUUUUGAGCUAUAAAUAGAUCAUGAUGGCAGAGUUGCCCACAUCUUGUUCUGAAAAUCUAUUAUCGGAUGACCAAUCUACUGAAAAGAAAAGACCUUUUGGGAAUCCUGAUACUUCAAAAAGAGACAGAGAAACUCAGCAGCAGAGAACUAUGGAGGUGGAGCAAGGGACGAUUUCAUCUAAACUGUGUAUCGAAAGCAAUGCUGAAAACUACUCACAAUUCUCCAAAAGUGACAAACGAACAGAAAAUUUAGUAGGUCAUGAUGGUACUCAGUCAAGUAAAAAGGGUCAUGAAUGUACCAUCUGUGGAAGAAUUUUAAGUCGAAAGGACCACUUAAAAGUACACAUGAAGAUACAUACUUCUGAUCGACCUCAUCAAUGUGAAAUGUGUGGGAAAAGGUUCAACCAUUUAUGUAGCAAACGUAGACACUUGAAGACACAUACAACUUAUAAGUGUGAGUUGUGUGGAAAGACAUUCAACAACUCACAAGACUUACAGAUACACAAAGAAACUCAUACUGGUGACAAACUUUGUGAAGUGUGUGGAAAGGCAUUUAAAAGAACAGAUGCCUUAUAUGCACAUAUGAGGGUCCACACCGGUGAUAAACCUUAUAAAUGUGAUGUGUGUGGAAAGGCCUCCAGUAAUUCAAGUAACUUUCUCAAACACAUGAGGAUACACACAGGUGAAAAGCCUUAUAAAUGUGAAGUGUGUGGAAAGGCUUUCUCUGAUUCAAGUUGCUUUCAGAGACACGUGAAAUCACAUACUAGCAAUAAAUCUUAUAGAUGUGAUGUGUGUGCGAAAGUGUUUUAUCAAUCAGAUAACUUACAGAUGCACAUGAUGGUGCAUACAAGUGAUAAUCCAAAAACACCUGAUGGGCGUGACUGGACAUUCACUCACGAGGGUGACUUAAAGAAACACAUUUUGAUACACAAUGGCGAGGAACCUUCUGGAAGGUCAUUGAUCCAUUCCGAACACUCAAAGAAUCACCGGAGGACACAUACAAGUGAUAAACCGUACAUGUGUGACGUGUGUGGGAAGGCUUUUGCUGUGGCGUUAAGCUUACAACGACACAAGAGGACCCAUACCGAUGAUAAACCUUUAUUUAUAUGUGAAGUGUGUGGAAAGGGAUUUUUUAAAUUAAGAACUUUAGAGAAACACAAGGAGAAACAUUCAAAUGAAAAGAAAAUUGACAUAAUUAUUCAAUAAAUUAUUUAACAUAUUAUUUUGUAUUGAUUAUGUUGAUAGUAAUGUACAUGUAUGUACUGUGAAAGUUAUUGUAUACAUGAAGGAUACUUAAACAUGGAGAAAUCAAAUGUUAAGCCACAUUGAGAAAUAUGAUCAUCAAUUAUAAUGUGAUGCAUUUCGGAUAUACUGUAUACAGAGUUAUUUUCGCCCUCUCACACUCGCAAACAAUUAAGCCCCAUUUUAAAUUCGCCCAGUCAUAGUUUUUUUAAAGAAAUUUAUAUAGUGUAUUCUUUGAAUUUGCCCUGUUUUAAAUUCGCCCAAAUGAGGAUAGGGCGAAAGGGGCGAAAAUUUCCCUGUAUACAGUAUACACAUGCAGUCAAUUGAUAGAUGAGAAAGCUUUAAGGUUAACAUAAGUACACAUCAAUAUAAGAAAUACAAAUGUAACAAAAAUAGAUAGGGACAGAAAGGUAUAUCAUGCAGCUUAUCAGUUUAACAUAAACAAACCAGUGAAGAAAACCAACUAGUUCAGAUACUUAACAUAUUGUCUUCAGAGAUGUAGAAGUUCCAUUUUAAUAAACUUUGAUUUUGGGAUUAUCUUGAAUUAAUAAGCCGCAAUAUCCAUACAAGGAAUUGUUAUCAUUUCAUAUCAUUUGAAAUUAAAAAAUUCAAAAUACAUGUAGUUGAACAUUGUAUGAUGUUGUCCACCCUUCAAAAUAGUGAAAAUGUUUUUGUUUUUUUUUAAGAUAUGAAGCAAUCUAAGUUUUUAUCUUUUAUAAAAUAAUAAUAUAGUUGAAAUAUGAUUUGAUCAGCAAGAUA